AUGCAAAAAAGGCGGGUAUGUGAUGAUGAGACACUGAAUUGUAUAAGAGACCUUGAAGCUGAGCUGAUGCAAGAAGUGUGUAGCGACGUCAGAAUUGAACCUGAACUCAUGCCACUUGACAACAACUUGAUGAGAAAUGGAAACAAUGCAGAAAACUCUCGUCUAGAUGUGUCAGGUAUCGGAGUUUGGGGGUCAUUUGAAAGAACAUUCUUAGAUAGAAGAGUUAUGCACCCGAAUGCGCCAUCAUACGUUGACAAAAGGUGUAUAUUGCUCACGAAAAAGAAAAGAAAAGAGCACAUAAUGAACGAGUGA